AUGUUGUCUUUUAAAUCAUUAUUAGCUGCUGCAGUUGUAGCAUCGUCAGCUUUGGCCAGUGCCUCCAAUCAAGUUGCUCUUUACUGGGGUCAAAAUGGUGCUGGUGGUCAAGAAAGAUUGGCACAAUACUGUCAGGAAGCUGACGUUGACAUCAUUUUAUUAUCAUUCUUGAACUUGUUUCCAGAUCCAUUAAACGUUAAUUUUGCCAACCAAUGUGGUAACACUUUUGAAUCUGGUUUGUUACACUGUUCUCAAAUUGGUGCUGACAUUAAAACUUGUCAAUCAUUAGGUAAAACCGUGUUAUUAUCUUUAGGUGGUGGUGUUGGUGACUAUGGUUUCAGCGAUGUUGCUUCUGCCACUAAAUUCGCAGACACCUUGUGGAACAAAUUCGGUGCUGGUGAAGAUCCAGAAAGACCAUUUGAUGACGCUGUUGUUGAUGGUUUCGAUUUUGACAUUGAACACGGUGGUGCUACUGGGUACCCUGAAUUGGCCACUGCCUUAAGAGGCAAGUUCGCCAAAGACACUUCCAAAAACUAUUUCUUAUCUGCUGCUCCACAAUGUCCAUACCCUGAUGCAUCUCUUGGUGAUUUAUUAUCCAAAGUCCCACUUGAUUUUGCAUUCAUCCAAUUCUACAACAACUAUUGUUCAAUCAAUGGCCAAUUCAACUAUGAUACCUGGUCCAAAUUUGCUGACUCUGCUCCAAACAAAAACAUCAAAUUAUUUGUUGGUGUUCCUGCUACUAGUAAUAUUGCUGGUUACGUUGACACCAGUAAAUUAUCCUCAGCUAUUGAAGAAAUCAAAUGUGACUCACACUUUGCUGGUGUCUCCCUUUGGGAUGCUUCUGGGGCUUGGUUGAACACCGAUGAGAAAGGUGAAAACUUUGUUGUCCAAGUCAAGAAUGUUUUAAACCAAAAUGCUUGUGUUGCCCCAUCUUCUUCUGCUACUACACAAUCUACCACUACUACUUCCUCUGCUGUUACCCAAUCUACCACCACUACUUCUGCUGCUAUUACCCAAUCUGCCACCACUACUUCUGCUGCUGUUGCCACUAAAUCUAACCAGAUUGUCACUUCAUCUUCCUCCUCCUCUUCUUCAAUCUUCUACGGUAAUUCAACAACCGAAUCUUCAACUGGAAUUGCUACUGGUACCGUUCUCCCAACUGGUUCUAACGAAAAUGCUGCCACCACUGGUUCAGGUUCUAACACCAAACUUGCCAUUUCAACCGUCACUGAUGUCCAAAAAACUGUUAUCACCAUUACCUCAUGUUCUGAACACAAAUGUGUUGCCACUCCAGUUACUACUGGUGUUGUUGUCGUAACUGACAUCGAUACUGUUUACACCACCUAUUGUCCUUUGACUAAUAGUCAAGUGUAUGUUUCAGUUAAAACUGUUGUAUGCACCGAAGAAACAUGUGUUCCUAGCCCAACCUCAACUUCUCAAAAACCAAAAGCCAGUACUACCAUUAAAGGUGUUGAAAAGGGCCAAACCACUUCCUACCCUGUUGUUGGUACCACUGAAGGCGUUAAAAAGAUUGUAACCACUUCAGCUCAAACUGUUGGUUCUAGCACCAAAUACGUCACCAUUGAACUCACUUCUACUAUUACCCCAGUUACAUACCCAACAUCUGUUGCUUCUAAUGGUACUAACACCACUGUUCCAGUAUUCACUUUUGAAGGUGGUGCUGCAGUUGCAAACUCUUUGAAUAGUGUUUGGUUUACUGUUCCAUUCUUAUUGGCUGCCUUUGCCUUCUAA